AUGUCCCUCAACGCCAAUUCCAUGCGUAAGGAUCAUGGAUUGACACCAACAUGGAAGAGAGAACCCUCACAUGUUCGAGGACAAAAGGUGGUGACCUUGACUAGGGACAGUUACAUGCGUCUUGAAUGCUUACUUACCCUCCAUUACUCUUACCACGCCGCCGACUUGCAUGCAUAG